AUGGCAACAACAUUUAGAAAGGAAGACUUAGACUUAGUGGAGAGUCUUAGUAUCAAGUGUAAAGAAGUCUUUAAAUCGUUAAACGCUCGAAACGAGUUACAAACAUUUACCACAAAAAUCAAAGAAAUGAGUUCAAUGGAGUUUUUAGAAAAGAUAACACUUCUUGAGAAUUUGUAUGACACAAAAGAAAAGUCUUUCAAAACUACUGAAAAAUUGGUCUUGCAAAUUAAGGAAAUACUUGACGUUGUUAUUCAAAUACAAGACAAUGAGAAACUUAUCUGCCUGUCUGUAUCAAAAGAAAUAGAUAGACUGGUAGAGCAACAAAAACAAGAACUUCAAUACGAAUGUGAUAAGCAAAAAAUCGAGUUAGACAAGCACAAGAAAACAAUUUCUAAAAUUUCUAAAAUUGAAACAAUCAAUUCGUGUGUUUCAACUGUUUUGCCUCAACAACAAGUCGAGACAACGAUUGUUAAAAACGAAACAGUUGUCAAAGAGAAACUAAACGAAACACUACCUUCACCAUUUUCACAGCAAUGGCUUUGCAAUCUAUCAUCACAGAAGUAUACAGUCGAUUAUACUCAAGAUCUCUUAUUUAACAAGGUCAAAACAUUCUUUACGUUAUCACAGAACGUUGAACUUAGAAGUGACAAAAUCAUUUUUGAUACCGACUGCGAACAAAUGGGUGUCACUUCUUCUUUUAUCCCAAAAAUGGUUGACAAACACCGUAUUGCAAUUGUGUGUGCCUUUUGUCCCGACAGAUUCUUUGGCUUUACUUUUAAUGACACCAUCACCGACCACAAAGUCGACACCCUCCCAAACACAACUGCCUUUGUUAUUCGAAAUGGAAACUUUAAAACAUAUACCACAAAUCAAGACGCAAAGUGUGGUAUACACAUAUAUGACGGGACUGAAUUUAAUGGGUGUUGUGAGUAUAUUUGUGACGUCGGAAACGUCGACGCAAAAACUUACAUUCGAAUCGCACUCCCUUUUUUUAAUAAAACCGUCUCGGUCAAUAUGAGCAAAGUGUUUGGUGGACUCGGAGAAACAGAACUCACUGGGGUUAAUGGUGAAACCAAUCAUGUGGAGCUUGCGAGAUUCAUGCUAAUAGAGUUAGAGUGA